GAAGAUGAGACCAUUCUUUUCAUUUGAGAACCACAUUCUCUCUUUCUUACAUUUUGUAUAUAUAAACACGCAAACACCUCUUCUCAUUUGUCCAAUAUACAAAGAUCAACUCAUCUUCUCCAACAACAAUCAUCAAAACCCACAAAAAACAAACAAGACAUAAACACAUAGAAACAGAGAAUCAACAAAACAAAAAAAAAAGGAUAUGACAAAAGUUUACCCAAAAUUCCCAAACACUUGCGAGGAGAGCUUGUGCGAUAGUAAAGCAGCCGUCGUUUUAACGGUGUGGAAGAAGUCACUUCUCUUCAACUGCGAUGGAUUCACAGUUUACAACUCCAAUGGAGAUCUUGUCUUUAGGGUCGACAACUACAUGAACAGUCCCAAAGAUAACAUCGUCCUUAUGGAUGCUUCUGGCUUACCUCUCCUCUCCAUCCGCCGCAAGAAGUUGAGCCUAGGAGAUUGUUGGAUGGUAUGCGAUGGAGAAACAGAGAGAGACCCAAUAUUUACGGCGAGAAAGAACGUUAACAUAAUAACAAACAGAAGAAGCUUGGCGUGGAUUAGCUCAAAGAAGACGGUGUUAUACGAGGUUGAAGGAUCGUACAGUCAAAGAAGCUGCAAGAUAUUGGACGAGAGGAGGAAUAAGAAGAAAACGGCGGAGAUCAAGAGGAAAGAGGCAAUGGUCGGAGGAGUUGCCUUUGGAAAAGAUAUAUUUAAACUUGUGGUUGAACCGGAGAUGGAUCCUCGUGUUGCCAUGGCGUUUACCAUAAUCCUCGAUCAAAUGUUUCGAUCGUAUUGAUUUUUCAUUUUAAGCUUUGUAAGUAUAAUAUAUAUUAGUAUCUUUUUUUUUUGUUAUGUAAUUGUAUGAAAUUAUGAAUGUGUUCUUAUGUAAUUGAACAUAGACAACUUUUUUC